GUCUGGUGCUCCAGCUUCCAGUUCCACACUCCACCUAAAGAAGACACAAGAACUCGAAACUGAAAGAGCAGAUUUGCUGGAACAGAAAAGUGCUUUAGAAAGACGCGUUGAGGAUUUGAAGUCACAAUUGGAUGCAGCAAACGAGGCAGUAGAAGGAAUGCAGAAGCGUAGCCAAGAACAACUGUCCGCGGCAGAACGUAAGGCACAAGUAGCCGAGGAAGGGGCACUCGCAGUCGCCGAAAAACUCGCAACUCUCGAGCAAUCUUUGGCUGCAAAGGAAGCCGAACUGCAAGAAGAACGACAAAAGCAGGUACGCACUCGAGAAGAACAAGCGCAAAAAGUUUCUGCAGCUGCUUCUUUAUCUACAGCUGCACCAGUAGUUCACGUCCAACAAGGUCAACAAGGAGCAGAAGUCAUGAUAGCUGAAAAUCCA